AUGCGUGCCGAUCAUUCGGCAUUUCCUAACCAAAUAUGGCUUAUUGCACCGGCAUCCAACCAGAAAGUUAAUCUUAUCGGGGAUUGCCCCUCAUCUGGACCAAAGAUUAAAUUGGCAUUCUUACAAGUUACCAGAUUUGGCAGGCCUUCUCAACAGCCGAUCAAUUUGGAAACGUAUAAGUAG